ACGAUAUAGAAGGAUACCGGAAUACAAUCGAUCAUAUGAUGGUUCAAGAAUUUCGUUGGAGACCGUAUCUCGGAUUCCAACACGAGGUACCCGAACAAGAGAUCAUGACUUGGGCUGCAUGUACCUAUCUGCACUGCUAUCAUAUCGUCGAAAAACAUCAUGCAGAUAGAGUCGCGCUUCAGUUCGGCUUUCAUCAACAAAUUCCGCAACCUCCAGAAGAUAUGACGCUCUACCAUGAGAUCGACAUGAGACGUGGCAUUGAUGAUAAUUGGAGUGUGGUUUGGAAAGAUGAGAUUCAACAUUGGAAUGAACGUCAGAAUUACAUAUUGCAAGGUCAGUACGUCGAAGGUGUUUUACGCCACACUAACGAAUAUAUGAAUUGGUUCACGCAUCACACUAAAUUAUACAUAUCUGUGGAAAGAUACAUGCGCGAUCCACGUUUGCAACCUUCAACAUAUCCUGAUGUUCACUCUAUGCCUCAAUCAAUCCCACAACAAAAUAUCAUGCACCAAACACUGUCUUUAUCAUCACCACAACAUUUUCAUGAAGCUGCAGAUAUACCGACUCAAUACUACGUUCCUUCAAUGCCAGUGGUAGUGGUUCUAAUCCACAAACAGAUUACAACGAGGAUCAACCACAACAACCUCAAGUUGUUCAAAGGGUUAGACGAGUUCGACGACCGCACGAGUAUUAAUGGAGAGAAACUCCGAAUGAGAGCAACCUCUCUUUGCAGUGCUAGCUGA